UUUUCCAAUCCUCACAGCGCGCAAUGCAUCGUGGUCAAAACUUGGUCUUCAGACAAUCGUGGAGGGUACCAGAAGAACAAAACGACAUUUCGCUCUCGUCAAUCUUCUGCCUGCUCAAAUAUUCAUGAGAGCUGAUAAUAAUUUUUCGAUCCUUUGGCAAGCAGAUGAUGUCAAAACCCACGCGCUCUCGGAUCCUUUGAGCGCGCGCUGAUGAGAAUAGUGAAGAUCUAUAAAGCUGAAAAAACUCUUUUGCAGAUACACUUUACUCAGUCCAUUAAUUUUUCUUUGAUGCGGCUUUUGAUUGUGCUUGGAUGAAUUUAAGAACUAUGGGCACGUUUGUGGACUCCUCAGACAGGAACUUUAAAUGUAAACACUGCCAAAGUGAUGACAAUUCAAUUAAUUCUAAAUUUUCGCUUUCAGUCGGUGCACUUGAGCUGUACUCAGUUCUUGUUGAAAUAAAUAUUUUUGACCAUUUUUUUCCUUACUUUGAAAACAGACAGUCAAAACAAUACUCCGGAGACCCAGCUAUAACUUUUAUUUUAACGACACCUGUUUUAAGUCACUUAACACGUUUUGUCUAACUGUCGAUGUGCAAAAUAAAUAUGCGGAACACCUUUUUUAAUUUUCCUUUUAAAAUAAAAUUAUCAUACGGUACCCGCGAAAAUGUCUCCUUCAGCCACAUUCAAGCGAAGAAUAAAGACUUUCAUCUUAAUUCUUGGAACCUUCUUGCCAUUUUCGCAUGGAUAUUCCGAUGAUGAAUGUCGCAUGAUCAUAUUUAAGGAACCAAUAGCAGACAGAGAAAUGAGGGGCCACGUGAUCAAAAUGGAAGAGGUACUUAAUCAGGAGAGCUGCCGGGUGUUCUGUUUUAUUGAGCCCAACUGCGUGUCCAUAAAUUUUCGGCCCUGGCGGAACGGAAAAGACAAAUGUGAGUUGAAUAACGCAACUGAAGAGAGCAAACCUGACCCCGUGCUGCAUAAGAAGAUGGAUUACAUCUAUCUCGGUAUUGAGGUAAAAAGUUUGACCGUUGAGUUUCAGUCAGUGUUCAGUUCAGCUGUCUGAUAGCUGUAUCU